UUCUGCAGCUGCUCUGCUGGGGCAGGGGCCACUGGGAACAGAAGGAUUCACAUUGCACCCCAACACCAAGGACCUUGCUUUCUCCAUAUUGAUAAGAAAGCAGUUGGGCCCGACAUUCUGUGAGGGACCAGACUCAUUGUGCUCGCCCACUUGCCCCUGGGUCCCUAGCUGGGCCAGUGCCACUCACCUCACGUUGCCCAUCCAGGGAGAAAGGGGAAGUAGAUAUUUGAUAUUCCCUGGCUGGGCAAGUAGCCAGACCACCCCUCCCUACUGUUCCCACAGGCAGGGGCGUCUCCUCCACUCCCAGCUCCCAAGGGCAGUGAACUCCAGCCACACAUGCCUCUUCCCAGCUGGGUCACAGUCCUCCACUGGGGUUUGGGACCUCGUUCCUGUCCCGCUGCAAAGAUGCACAGUGGCGCGAGAGGGAGGCAUCUUGAGUCUGGGAGCAGAGACGUCCUCAGAGGUCAGCCCUGUCCUGGCCAUGGGAGAAUGUGGCUUAUCCCUAGCUGUCCCAGGGGAGAGGGGUAGCUGCUGGAGUAAUCAGAUUAGCUCUGGCCUACUUCACUCCCCUGCUUUUGAAGUUACUUGGUCUCUGGGAGCAGAGGGUCUCUGCUUCUCUUCUCAGUCAUCAGACCCACACUUGGGGUCCCCUUGUGUUAGUGAUGACGCCAGCCCUGCCCUCAGCAUACACUGAAGGUGAGGAGACACACUCCAGAAUCAGCCAAGUGGUGAAGGGGGCAUUCCAGCCGCAAGGACUCAAAGGAGGUAUCCUCAAGGAAGUGCUUUCUACACUGAGUUUUGAAAGUGGAAGCGGAAGCUUGAUAGUAAAGAUAAAGUGAGGGCAAAGACUGGAGGAAGUCAGAACACAGCUGGGACUUGGCAAUCUGAGGCUGCGGGGUGGCCAAGGGGUUAUGGCAAUCUGAGGCUGCGGGGUGGCCAAGGGGUUACUGCAGGUGGGGCGGGGUGUACGCCUGACCUUGCCUGAUGGCGGUGACCAUCUCACCUGUGCAGUAAACACACAGUAAACACACAUGCCGGUGCUAGGCUGCAUCUGUGAGCCACACCAGGAAAGAGUGCUGUCGUCAAGGGGGUGCACACUAGAUGCAAAGGCCAAUUCAGAUGUGCUCGGGGGAGCAGAGUCUGGAGAAGCGAGCCACACCAAACUGAUGUCAGCUCAGGUUGUAAAGUGAUCCUCGUCCCUCUGGCUGGUGAUGGCAGAGAAUGGAGGGAAGGGGCUGGUGGUAGCAUCCGGGAAGGCAGUGUCAGUUCACCUGGUGGAGGAGGGGUGCCCAGCUGCUCAUGGCCAUGGUGGGGAGAAGCCUGCUGAGCAGAAGAUGAAAAUAUUGGUCAAGGAAAAAUAGGUGAAGGAAGAAGCUGUGACUUACUGCCCUCGCACCUCUGACUUCCCCUACCCAGCUGUGACCCUCAAACACACCUGUGAACUACCCUACCCACAUCUGUAAUACCCAACCUCUGUGACUUCCCAUCUAGCUAGGAAUUCUUCAUACCUAUGCAAAGCUGAGAUUUCCCCCACACAUAUGAUCUUACACAACGGUUUCCUCCCCCCAACAUCUGUGACCUGUACCCAUCUAGCUGUGGCCCCCUCCGUGCAAACCUGUGAUAACAUCACUUUCCAGGAGGACCUGGAAGACAGUCUCAUGGAAGGUGCAGGGACCGCCACAGCUGUGGAUGGGUGGGUGAGAGUAAUGGGGAGCGAGGUGGCUCAGACCCGGGGUAGGCACGCAACCAGAGAGAGCAGGCAGGGCUGGACCACGAAGGUGGACUGACCCCAGACACACACAGCACUUGGACCAUUCCGGCCAGACCAGCUCAGCAGGGGCAGGGCCCUCAGGUUGGGGAGGACUUCAGGUGCCCCAGCAUCUUCCUGCUGUUCCACCAUUAGAGAUUCUCUGCUAAACUGAAUCCAGAUAGAGAACGCCAGCCCAGUGGUUGGCUGGAUUGUGCCAAUCAUGGCACUAGGUUUCUGGGGGCACCAGAAGGUAGUAUGAACCCUCAGAGAGGGAGUCAGGGCUGUCUUGAUGUUCUGUCCACUCAGCCCUUGGGAGUUGUGCCAGGCUCUCUGAGCCUAAUGGUCAUCACUCUGGGACUCUACUUUGUGAACAGGAUCAGUAGCCACCACCUCUGUGGUGAUCCUGUGCUUGGGUCCUCCUGCUUCAAUGCAGUCAGCUUCUCCAUCCUAGCCUGGAGGACCAAGUCCAGAUGACCGCAAGCUAUGUGACUGACUCAUUGACCACUGUUGUCAGGGGGCAGCACUGGCUCAGGCUCAGACUGGGCCAUAGAGUCAGGUAGCACUUUCACCUGGACCAGGGACAUGACGUUUCCUUCCACCCUGGCAGGUAAACCUGGGUGUGGGCACCUAGCAGGUCUCAAGAACCAGCUUCUGAAUCAGCAAAGAAAUGAAAUCAUAAUGGAAUGAACAAGCAUGUGGUCACUGACACACCCAUGGUCACACAAACAUGGGGUCUCAUAGUCACAAGACCGGAGUCUCACUGCCAGUCUCACUGGAUCCCAUGUUUGCACAGACAUGCUCUACUGGAGCUUGCACAAAAGCCUAGAGCAAAGCUGAGCAGGGCUUCACAAGGAUGCGCUCAGUGACCAGCCCAACUUCACAGACACAGUGCCUUUCACACUUGUCCCAAAAGCACAGGUGACUUACCCCCUGGGCAUAGUCAGUGUUGGGCCUGGGGCCUAAAAAAGGUCUUCACUUUUUUAAUCAGAGGAAGAUACAGAUUAAUAAUGAAUAUAUGAUAAUGACCUCAGUCUGGAUUGCAUUUGUCUUUGUACCAGCAUAGCUAUAAAAUGUACUCUUUAAUGUUUUGAGGAAGGGGCCCAGAAAGUCGAAAGUACCCGAGCCCCACAAAUGUCCUAAGGCACCCCUGCACAAGAGUAUGCUCCCUCCAUCUCCAGUACCAAGGAUCCCAGAUGCCAGUAUCACAAACAGGCCUGUCCAGCAGGGUCUGCCACCCAGGCAGGCCCCCUGCAUUGCUGCCAUCCCCACCCGAACCCCAACCCAAAUAAAGCCACAAAGCCCAGUGGAGGUGUUGACCGUGUGGGCAGGGCCGCUUCCGGCCCAGCCCCACCUCCUAACAAGGCACUUUGUUAGGGAUGCGAGGUGGCUCUGCUGCCUGGCCCAGCCCUCCGGCCCCAGGCCUGCCCCUCAGCCCGCCCCCAGACUGGGUGGGGUGACCCCCUGACAAAAGCUCAGAGUUUCCAGCAGCAGCUUCCUCCCAGAGUCUGGUGCCGCUGGGGCCAGAGUUGAGGAACAGAAUCUUGCUGAGCCCUGCCUAGGCCCUCACUCGGGGGUCAGGAAAUGUGGAGGAUGAGGCCCUUCAGCCCUGAGGUUUCCCUAGACUCAUCCUCUGCCAUGGCAGUCCAUCUGCUUCCCACCUAUGCCCUCUUCCUGACCUUGCUCGGCACCGCCCAAGGCUCCAGGAGCUCCGUGGUACCCAACCAGCCCUUCACCACCAUCUGGAACGCAAACACCCAGUGGUGCCUGGAGAAAUACGGCGUGGAUGUGGAUGUCAGUGUCUUCGAUGUGGUGGCCAACCCAGGGCAGACCUUCCGUGGCCCCGACAUGACCAUUUUCUACAGCUACCAGCUGGGCACCUACCCAUAUUACACAUCUGCUGGGGAGCCUGUGUUUGGUGGCCUGCCCCAGAAUGCCAGCCUGGAUACCCACCUGGUCCACUCAUUCCAGGACAUUCAGGCUGCCAUACCUGAGUCUGACUUCUCAGGACUGGCGGUCAUCGACUGGGAGGCAUGGCGCCCACGCUGGGCCUUCAACUGGGACAGCAAGGACAUUUACCGGCAGCGCUCACGGGCACUGGUACGGGGGCAGCAUCCAGACUGGCCAGCUACUCGGGUGGAGGCAGCAGCUCGGGACCAGUUCCAGAAAGCUGCACAGGCCUGGAUGGCAGGCACCCUCAAGCUGGGCCAAGCACUGAGGCCUCGUGGCCUCUGGGGCUUCUAUGGCUUCCCUGACUGCUAUAACUAUGAUUUUCUAAGCCCCAACUAUACAGGCGAGUGCCCACCAGGUAUUGGUGCCCAGAAUGACCAACUGGGAUGGCUAUGGCGCCAGAGCCGUGCCCUCUACCCCAGCAUCUACUUGCCCACAGAGCUGGAGGGCACAGGGAAGGGACAGAUGUAUGUGCGGCACCGUGUAGGCGAGGCAUUCCGUGUGGCUGAGGAUGUUGGGGACCCCUAUCUGCCAGUGCUGCCCUAUGCUCAGAUCUUCUAUGACAACACGAACCGCGUUCUGCCCCUGGACGAACUGGAGCACAGCCUAGGGGAAAGUGCAGCCCAGGGGGCAGCAGGAGUGGUGCUCUGGGUAAGCUGGGAGAACACAAGAACCAAGGAAUCAUGCCAGGCCAUCAAGGAGUAUGUGGACACCACCCUGGGGCCCUUCAUCCUCAACGUGACCAGUGGGGUUCUUCUGUGCAGUCAAGCCCUAUGCUCAGGCCAUGGUCGCUGUGUCAGGCGCCCUAGCUACCCUGAGGCCCUCCUCUUCCUCAACCCCACCAGUUUCUCCAUCCAGCUCCCUCCUGGUGGCAGGCCCUUGACCCUACAAGGUGCCCUCUCCCGUGAGGAUCGGAUGAGGAUGGCUGUGGAGUUUCAAUGUCGCUGCUAUCGUGGCUGGAAGGGAGUGCGGUGUGAGCAGCAGGGCAUGCGGUAAUUGGCCACACACCAGGAUAUACACAUUGAGUACCUUGUUUACCUUAAAAAUAAAAUCGUUAUUUUGCCAGCAAAA